ACUACCGAGGAAGAGCUCAACGAUCUACCGUAGUGACUUGCGGCAAGAAACAAACGAUCGCUUGACAUGCGUGCACACUUCGGGCAAAUUCGAAGACGUUCUGUGAAAAAAUCAUGCUUCAAGUGCUUCCAGUAAGGAGCUAGCGGGUCUGAAGAAGAAGAAGAAGAAGAAGAUGAAGAAUAAUUAUAAUGAUGACGUCAAAAUCGCGUAUGAGCGAAUUCUCGCGUGGACGACUGAAGGUGCGUAUGAGGUCUUGGGGGACAUGUAUAGGUAGAUAUGGGCCCGUAGACUAUUGCUAGUAUGUUUUGAAGGCCUAUAGGGAGUGAUUCUCAGCGGGUUUUAGUCGUUUUGUACGGAUCACGUGAGAUUUCAACCGUGUCAUCCCUAUAUAGAGAGUCUACCGACUCUCUGCUGUAUAGUAUGAACCUACUCACUAUAGUAGUGUGAUGAAGGAAAACCUAUAUAUACAGGAUGACCUGUGUCAUCAAUAAGUAGUACCGUACUUAGUGAUAUAGUAACUAACAACACUCUCACGUAUGAGUGGCUACGUGUUUACCUCAGUGUGCACAAGUUGCUAGCUAUGCAGUUCUUGGUGGUGUUCGACCUGCUUCUUUUAACUCCCUGUCUGACACUCUGGCUCCCUGCACAAGGUUGCAGCUCACAAACUAGUGGUUUCCCCAGUCUGGAAGAGCUGAGGAGAAAUGGCUCUCUACUUGAGCGGUACUCAACCCACGAUGGGGAACUGAGGUCUCUACCUGGUGUAAAGUCUACAUGCUCUGGACCUGAUGGUCGGAUCACUGGCAUUACUUUUCACAUCACAACUUCACAUUCAAAUGAACUUCAUUUCAUCGUCAACUUCAAAAUGGCGCGCCGUCUGCCUGGAGCUGGGGUGGGAAAAACUCUAUUACUAGUCAAUGGUGUAAAUGGAGCCCGUAAAGCUGAGAUUGUACUAACAAGUGCAAGUCAAACUAUUGGUGAAUUUGGAUAUGAACUGACCUUACCAACCAGUGUCAACGUCCACUUCAGUGAAAGAGAGCCUACUAGUUGUAUUACGGGACUGGUGACUACUUUAGAGCUAAAGAGAGUGUGGAAGAACAGAGCCCCACCCACCCUCUACACCAGUCCCGAGAGAGAGAUCACACUGAACUGCACAUCAGCCUCCAUCUCAAGGAUAUUAGUAGGGGCUUACCCUACAUUGACUGGAGACAGAGUGCCUCAAAUUUUUAUUGGGAGUGAUCAAAUUUGCAGUGUCUCUACGGAACCUGUCAGUGAAGGAGUCAAUGUGUAUGACUGUGUGUUGGACUCUCCAGUUGAAUUAAAUGAAGACACCAUACUGAUACUCAGGCAAAGAAAUUCAACUAGUCAAAUUGGCUUCCUUCAUGAUGGUCCGACGGACACACCACUCAUAUCUAUGGCCUUUAGUGAGGACUGCAGCAGCAGUGGUCAAUUACUGAGUGAGGUGCACCUCAGGGAAAUGGCAGCUCUAUUUGUCCCCAGUAUCAUUCAGAGAGAAGAUGAUGAGAUAGACUUCGAACAUCUCAAAAUAUCACAGGACUUUGUCCUCACUCACUGGACAUUUGUUGCAAGGAGCGUAGGGAACGGAGAGGAAUACCCUAAGCUGUCUAUAAUAUAUCCGAUAGGAAGUGCAUAUACACAAAAGCACACUGAGAAUACGAACUGUACAGACAGCAUUUACCCAAAUGUGUACCAAUGCAGUGUAACUCCAGAAACAGUUAGGGCUGGAGACAUUAUUGCUAUUGUCUUGCCGCCACUCAGUAGAGCUCGUGUGGCACUCAUUUUCAUCCUCAACGGAGCUCAACCUGGUGAGAGUAUUGUUACUGCAACACAAGUGGAAGGCUUCCCCCUCUUCGCAUUGGAAAUGGGUUUCAACGCAUCGCAACCUUGUCUGCCAACUCUAUCUUACACUGUUCAACUCACAAUAUCACCAAUGUCCACUGAUAUCCCUGAGCAUUUCGUACCACCCUCUAUCCCAACAGCAGUUGAUAGCAUAGUUGCUGGUGUGUCCUCCUCUCUAUCUGUGCUGAUAGUUCUGACAGCCGCGACUCUCACAAUACUGCUAGUACUGUGGCUGAGGAGGAGGAAGAAAAGGAGAGAGAGUGCCGAUGCAACAACGAAUGACUUAGGUUCAGGAGAAGUAACCUCAGGCAGUGGAGUUGUAGUCAUCCCCGUGUCUGAUAAUCCAGCCUAUGUAGACAGUAGGACCAAUACUCUAGUGUAUGACUACCCCCGAGUGUGAAAUGAGUCUAUUGGUUUUAUAUAAUGUUUGGUGAUA